AUGGUGAAGUUUCACAACUCGGACCUAUGGAUAGCCUGGAUGGUGGUCUUCUUCAUGGAGGGUUCAAGAUUUGAUCGUCACACGGGAAAAGUGUGUGUGCGGGCGCUGGACGUGACCGUGUCACAGAGAAGCAUCCAAGUGGCCCGAGGCCAGGCGGCCAUCUUGCCCUGCUCCUUCACUACCAGCGCAGCCCUCACCAACCUCAACAUCAUCUGGAUGGUCAUACCACUGUCCAACGCCAACCAGCCAGAACAGGUGAUAAUUUACCAGGGAGGCCAGGUGAUCAGCCUAGCCAACCACCUAAAUGGACGUGUGGGCUUCGUGGCCACCAUGCCAAGCACAAGUGCCUCCAUCUUCAUCAACAACACCCAGCUGUCAGACACAGGGACCUACCAGUGCCUGGUCAACAACCUCCCGGACAGAGGGGGGCGCAACAUCGGCGUCAUCGGGCUCACUGUGCUGGUCCCCCCCUCUGUUCCCGCGUGUCGAAUCCAGGGCACACUGGACGUAGGCAGCGACAUCAUGCUGAUGUGCAACUCAGAGGAGGGCAUCCCCACGCCGUCGUACUCCUGGGAGAAGCUGGAUGCGCUGCCCAAGCUGCCACACACCGCCAUGCAAGACCAGAUGCAGGGCACUGUGACCCUGAGAAACAUCAGUACUAGCACCUCAGGUCUCUACCAGUGCACUUCCAGCAAUGUCAUAGGCAAGAGUACCUGUCUGCUCAACCUGCAGGUCGUAGCACCCCAGCCUCAGAGUGUGGGUCUGAUAGCGGGGACGGUGGCCACGGGGGUCCUGGCUGUCAUCAUAUGUUCCCUGCUCGUCGUGGUCACGCUCUUCUACUGGAGGAACAAGAACAAGUACGAAGAGGAGGAGAUCCCCAAUGAGAUCAGAGAGGAUGACCUUCCUCCUAAGAGGUCAUCAUCAGUGAAGGCCUUCCAUGCGGACGCCUCAUCUUCGGAGAAUGACACAUUGACGUCCACCAACACCUACAACAGCCGCUACUGGCACAACCCCAAGCCCAACUACGACACCAACUCCUACACGCGCUAUAACGGAGACACACGCCAGACCUUCUCUACUGCUGCCCACGGCACACAUGGACAUAGCCACAAUCAAAGCACAGGGCACGGCCACAACGCAGCCCCAACGGCACCCGGUUCGGCUCCAUUGUCCCGACACGCCCAGCCAACGGCAGCGACAACGUCAUCGGCCUUCGCCAAUGGCAGCCACACACUCCCGCCGCCCAAGACCCUGGUGGUCACCACAAACUCCGCCCCCUCCCCGCCCACUAUGGUGCGCAGCAACGGCACGGUGAGCCUCAAGCAGGUCGCGCCGCUGUCUCACGGCCAGCACACGCACUCGUACGCAGUGAGCCAGGCCACGCUGGAGCGGAUGGGAGCCGUGCCUGUCAUGGUGCCCGCUCAGAGCAGAGCAGGCUCGCUGGUCUGA